AUGACGCGCGUCAUUCAACUACUUGGUUCGAAAAAAUUUAAUUAUCUCGAAUUAUCCGAACAAAUUGCUUUAAAAACUGGUGGACUUAGUGUAUCAACACAUCUCGAUGAAAGUCCAUUUCAUAUUGAAGAUUAUGAAGAAGGUAUUGUACUUUCAUCCUAUUGUCUUGAUCGAAAAAUUAAUGAUAUGUUUGAUCUAUGGGAAGAUGUACUUCUUCAUUUUAAUAAACAACUUAAUCAAUACGAUCGUUUAAAAACAUUAAUUAAAGGUCAAGCAUCAGCAUAUGCAAAUAGUGUACAUGAAUCAGGUCAUACAUUUGCAGUCAUACAUUCAGCUAGUCAUUAUGGACCUGUUGAUCAAAUGUCGGAAAGUCUUUAUGGUUUAACUCAAGUUAAUCGUUUACAAGAAAUAGCUCGACAAGAAAAUUUUGAUGAUAUAAUGAAAAAAUUAAGUCAAAUUGCUGAUCAUGUUUUAACGAAAUCUUCUUUACGUUGUGCAUUUAAUGGUGAAUCAAAUGGUUUAGAUACUGGAAUGAAACGACUUGAAACAUUUCUUGAUCGACUUCCUGGAUCAUCAACAACUAAAUUACAAAAAAUACGUCAUGAAAAUGCUCAAUUAAGUCUUAAAAAUGAUUUUAAAACAGGAAAAACUAAAUUACCAUCAAAAACUCAUUUUGAAAUGCCAUUUGACGUCUUUUAUGCAGGUCAAUGUUAUGACAGUGUACCAUAUAGUCAUGAUGAUUAUCCACGGUUAUCGGUAUUGACAAAAUUAAUGUUUAAUAAAUUUUUAUUACGUGAAAUUCGUGAAAUAGGUGGUGCAUAUGGGGGUGGUGCUUAUCUUCGUGGAAAUUUAUUUUCAUUUUUUUCAUAUCGUGAUCCACAUUCAAUUGAAACACUUGAACGAUUCGGUCAAUGUAUUGAUUAUUUUGCUAAUGGAAAAUUUAAUGAUAAAGAUGUUGAUGAAGCUAAAUUAGGAACAUUUCAAAAACUCGAUAAACCGAAAUCACCUGGUAAUCAAGGUAUGACACAAUUUCUACAUGGAAUUACUGAUGACAUGCGACAGAAAAAUCGUGAUCGAAUAUUUGCUUGUGGAAAACAAGAUUUAAUUGAUGUUACGCAACGAUAUUUAGUUAAUAAGCCUUAUGCAGCUACAAUUCUUGGUCCAGAUAAUCCUAAAUUUGUUACCGAUGGACAAUUUCGUCAAGUUAAAAAUGUUCAAAUGCCAUCAAUUGGAGAAUAA